AUGCGGUUCUCUCUGCUUCAGCAUGAACAGAACAGGGCGAGUAGCGAAAGUGAAAAUCGCUUUAUCCCAGCACCGGGGCCGUGUCCUCACGCCUGUGAACUCUGGCUGAGCCGGCUGUCACUUCGCUGGAGCUCACGCCGCUUCCGAGAGCCGAUGUCGCAGAAGCGCGGCGGGCCGGAGGCGCUGGGGAGUCACGAAGAAGAUGACAAGAAGGUAAGGAGGAGAGAGAAAAACCGAGUUGCUGCACAGAGGAGUCGGAAGAAGCAAACUCAGAAAGCAGAUAAACUUCACGAGGAAUACGAGUCUCUUGAGCAAGAAAAUACCUCCCUGAAAAGAGAAAUUGGAAAGCUAACUGAUGAAAUGAAACACUUGACUGAAGUGCUGAAGGAUCAUGAAAAGAUCUGUCCACUACUGCACUGCACCAUGAACUUUGUGACCGUACCAAGGCCUGAUGCACUCUCCAGCUGCCUGCCAAGAUGAGACAUCUCCUCGAUCACCUUUAAAUGUGAUGUGUGAAAGUGCCAUUAUUAUGGGAGACUGGAAGAACUGCCUAGUUAUGGUGCAGGUGUUCCAUCAAAGAGGACUGGACUUGACUGUGUAGCUCUUUCCCACGUCAAAGUCUUCUGAAUCUCAGGAAAACAGCAGUAUGGAAAAAGGGCAACUCAAACUGUGACUUGUUAUUUGGUAGGAUCUUCAAGCCACGGGUUUGCAUUCCAAAAUGCUUAAGUGUGGUGCAGCCCACCACCGCGUGAUGGAAUGUUGACAGGAGAAAGUACCGGCCCUGGACUGGGAUGCCUUUCUCCCACACAUCCACUGCCAGUAACCCUUUGUCACUUGUCAUCUGUGUAUAUCACAUUCUGGCUGCUCAUUGGGAUUUUUUUUCUCUCUACACAAGUUUGGUUAAUAAAAGCGAUGUCCCGUC